UGGUACUACGGAGUAGGACGGACUUAUUCACCGGGAUAUUCUGCAGCAUGGCCGGGAUGGAGUGAUGAUGGAAUGGAUGUGAAUAUGGGCCAGUGGGCAGGCAUGCGAGCCCCUCUCCUUGGCCUCGCCCUGCUGCUGCUGUUGCUGUUUUUCAAGCCACCACUCUGCCAUGGCCAGAACACCCAGGGGGCCUCGCAGGAUGGACCUCACUUUGGCUUCACUCAGGCUGUCUACCAUGCCAUGGUUUACGAAAACUCAGCAGCACGCACCUAUGCCAACAGUAAAGUUAAAAUGGGUAUCCACCUGUCCCAAAGCUCCUGGGAGAUCCGCUACAGAAUCACCUCAGGUGAUGACGAAGGGUUUUUCAAGGCUGAGGAGUAUGUGCUGGGUGACUUCUGCUUCUUGCGCAUAAGGACUAAAGGUGGCAAUGCAGCCAUUUUAAACCGGGAAAUUCAGGAUAAUUAUGUAUUGACAGUGAAAGCCUCCGUCAAGGGAGAGGCUGCCCUCGAGACCUGGACUAAAGUCAGCAUCCAGGUCUUGGAUAUGAAUGACUUGCGGCCCUUGUUUUCACCUACCACUUACUCCGUCACUAUAGCGGAAAGCACACCUCUCAGGACUAGCAUAGCACAAGUUACCGCCACUGAUGCCGAUAUUGGCUCCAAUGGGGAGUUUUACUACUUUUUCAAAGAGAAAAUGGAGCUUUUUGCAGUACAUCCAACUAGUGGAGUGGUUUCCCUCAGCGGGAAGCUCAAUGUUGAUGAGCAGAACCGGUACGACUUAGAAAUCCUGGCAGUGGACCGAGGCAUGAAGCUUUAUGGAAAUAACGGUGUCAGCAGUACAGCCAAGCUCUUUGUCCAUGUGGAGCGUGUGAAUGAGCAUGCCCCACUCAUGAAUGUGGUCAUCCACAGCCCCUCAUGGCUUGAUAAAAAUCCUGUGUAUGCCAUAGUCACUGUGGAGGACCUGGAUGAAGGCUUAAAUGGAGAAAUAGACUCAGUGGCCAUUGUGGGUGGAGACCCCUCAGAGCAGUUUUACAUAGAAAGAUCUGAGGAAGGGGAGUUUGCCAUAAAGGGCUCUGUGUCUUUAAACUGGGAGACUCACCCUUACGGCUAUAAUCUCACAUUGCAGGCUAAAGACAGGGGCACCCCACAGAAAUUCUCAGCUGUCAAGGUUGUCCACAUUAUGAUCAACAAACGGCAAAUAGUGGAAAUUAAAUUUGAGCAGGAGAUGUAUGAUGUUAGUCUGAAUGAAAUUUCACCACCUGGUACGAUUGUAGAGGCCGUUAAAAUCAAACCAGAGCCUGAUGAUGCAGAAUAUAUCCUGACACCUUUUGCAGACUCUGAGUUUUUUCAAAUUAACACCUUAACAGGUGUAAUCUCCACCACUCGCUGGUUCACCCAGGUUACCCAGGAUGUCUUUAAUCUAGAGGUAUUGGAAGUAGAUAGUGAGCUCAAAGCUAAAGUGCGGGUCACUAUUCAGGAUGCUAAUGACAACACACCAACAUUUGCUCAGACCUCUUAUGAGGUUUUUGUCAAUGAGAGUGUACCAGUUGGGACCAGUGUAUUAACCGUUUCUGCAGAGGAUGGGGACAAGGGAGAAAACGGAUAUAUAACUUACAGCAUUUCCAGCCUCCAGCCAUUACCCUUCAAAAUCAACCAGUUUUCUGGUAUCAUCAGUACCACAAAAGAAAUAGACUUUGAAUCCUCAUCAGAGAGCUUUGUGUUUGUUGUCAGAGCAUCUGACUGGGGGUCACCUUACAGGCGAGAGAGUGAAGUCAAUGUAACAAUUCACCUGGAGAAUGUAAAUGAUAACCAGCCAUUGUUUGAGAAGGUAGCAUGCCAGGGGGUGAUCUCUAGGGAUUUCCCAGUAGACGAAGUGAUUACCACAAUGUCUGCAAUUGAUAUAGAUGAGUUAGAACUGGUAAAAUAUAAGAUAAUUUUAGGCAAUGAAUGGGGAUACUUUGACCUUAACCCAGAUUCAGGGGUCCUUACACUGCGACGUCCCCUUGCCACAGCCAGUCCAAAAAAUGGUGUCUUCAGUCUCAAAAUAACUGCCACAGAUGGUGAGAACUUCUCUGAUCCAAUGUUUGUGAACAUCUCUGUUGUUCAUGGGAAAUCUCCUCCCAAAAGUUUCAAUUGCAAAGAGACAAGGGUAGCCCAGAAGUUAGCUGAGAAGUUAUUAAAAAAGUCCAAAGCGAGCACUAAACCCAAAAUUGAGGAAGGCUUUAUUGACCUUUUCUCUGUCAAUCGGCAAACGCCCCAAUUUGACAAAGCUUUUCCCACAGAUAUUUCUGUGGUGGAAGACCUAAAGGUUGGCUCAAGUGUUUUCAAGGUAAAUACCUAUGAUGGAGAUACAGGUUUCAACGGUCAGAUUCUAUAUUCUAUCACAGAUGGUAACACUGACAGCUGUUUUACCAUUGACAUGGAGACUGGCCUUAUUAGUGUCUUUCUCCCCAUGGACAGAGAAAAGAGAGAUCGUUAUCUCCUCAACUUAACUAUCUAUGACCUUGGCCUGCCCCAGAAAACUGCUUGGCGUUUGCUUACUGUCUACAUAGAAGAUGCUAAUGAUAAUGCACCCCAGUUUUUGCAAGAAGGAAGUUACAGAAUUGUCUUACCUGAAAACACUGCCAUAGGUACAGAUGUCAUCCAGGUUGAGGCCACUGACAAAGAUCUUGGACCGAAUGGAGAGAUUGUAUACUCAAUUUUGACCAGCACCACUCAGUUUGGUAUUAACUCUACUAAUGGCAUAGUGUAUGUUGCUGGCCAACUUGACAGGGAGUUUGUCUCUACUUUUAACCUGAAGAUUGAGGCUCGAGACAAGGCAGUGAAAGGGAGCCAGAGAUUUUCUGUGACAUCUUUGAAAAUCAUAUUGGAUGAUGUAAAUGACUGUCCCCCGCUAUUUAUCCCUAAUGUGUACAAAGCCAGGGCUUUGGAAGAUCUCCCAGUCGGAACUGUUGUGGCUUGGUUAGAAACCCAGGAUCCAGAUUUGGGGUUGGGGGGACAAGUCCGCUACUCUUUGGCCAAUGACUACAAUGGAUGGUUUGAGGUAGACAGGACCAGUGGGGCUAUUCGGCUGACAAAAGAGCUGGACUAUGAGACACAGCAGUUCUAUAACCUCACUGUAAGGGCCAAAGACAAAGGAAGGCCUGUAUCUCUUCUCUCUGUCACCUUUGUGGAAGUAGAGGUGGUAGAUGUGAACGAAAACCUCUAUGCUCCAUACUUUUCCCACUUCGCCUUGACAGGAUUAGUUAAAGAAAAUGCCCGGAUGGGAACUACCCUACUCCAAGUCACUGCAAAUGAUGAGGACAGCGGCAGAGAUGGAGAAAUCCAAUACUCUAUUCGUGAUGGGAGUGGGCUUGGACGAUUCGCCAUUGAUGAAGAAACAGGGGUGAUCUACACCACUGACAUGCUGGACCGUGAGACCAAGGACUCCUAUUGGCUGACAGUGUAUGCUAGCGACCAUGGCGUGGUUCCCCAGUUUGCCACUAUCGAGGUGUUUGUCCAGGUGGAGGAUGUCAAUGACAAUGCCCCGUUGACCUCGGAGCCGCUGUACCGACCCUCAGUACCUGAGAACUCUCUACGAGAUGUUUCUGUGAUCCAGAUCCAAGCCCAGGACCCUGAUGCCACACCCCCCACCGCUGCUGACAGGCUCAACUACCGCAUCAUCAGUGGAAACCCACAGAACUUCUUUACCAUCAACCCCCGAACUGGUCUGAUCACCACAACCUCCAGGAAACUGGACCGCGAACAACAAAAUGAACAUGUUUUAGAGGUGUUGGUGUCAGAUGGUGGUCCUAGUCCCAGGCAGAGUACAGUGUGGGUGAUGGUUCAAGUCCUGGAUGAAAAUGACAACAAGCCCACAUUUCCAGAGAAGGUGUACCAGGUCAAACUGCCAGAGAGGGAGCGGAGAAAGAAGGGGGAGCCCAUCUAUCGGGUGUUCGCCUACGACCGCGAUGAUGGGCCCAACAGUGACCUCUCCUACAGCAUCGUGGAUGGUAACGAGGAUGGGAAGUUCUUCAUCGACCCCAAGACAGCAGUGGUAUCAUCACGCAAGGCCUUCACUGCAGGGAAUUAUGAUAUCCUCACUAUCAAAGCAACAGAUAACGGUCGUCCUCAGAAGUCCUCCACGGCUCGCCUCCAUAUUGAGUGGAUCCGUCAACCGCCUCCCUCAACUGUGCCGCUGCUAUUUGAUGAACCUUUCUACAAUUUCACCGUCAUGGAGAAUGACAAGGUGGCUGAGAUCGUGGGAGUGGUCUCCAUGCAGCAGAGCUCUGCCCCCUUGUGGUUUGAUAUCACAGGUUCCAGGUCUUUUCGUGAGAUGUUCUAUAUUCUGCAGGGUGCUUGUGGCAGGAACUGUUCCUCAGAAGGUGGGAACAGUGACAGUGUGUUUGACGCAGAGAAGGCUGUGGGAACCCUCAUCAUCGCCAAGCCUCUGGAUGCUGAGCAGCGCUCCUUUUACAACCUGACGGUGCAGGCCACAGAUGGCACCAACACGGCAUACACACAGGUUCACAUCACUGUUUUGGACAACAACGACAAUGCUCCCAUCUUCUCCCAGCCAACCUAUGAUGUAACCAUUUCUGAGGACACACCACCUGACACAGAGGUGGUCCAGGUUUUGGCAUCUGACCGUGACGAGCAUCACCGGCUGACUUACUCUUUACAGAGCUCCAUAGACCCCAGCAGCAUGCGUUUGUUCCGCAUCCACCCCUCCCUGGGCACUAUCUACACUUCCCAGAGGCUAGACCAUGAGGCCUGUGCCCAGCACAUCCUCACCGUCAUGGUUAAGGACCAAGAGUUCCCCUACAGAAAGAACCUGGCUCGUGUGCUGGUAGAAGUACAAGAUAUAAACGACCACGUACCCAUCUUUACCAGUGCACUGUAUGAAGGCUCAGUCUAUGAGUCAGCGGCAGUGGGAUCAGCUGUAGUCCAGGUCACCGCCCUGGACAAAGACAAAGGCGAGAACGCAGAACUACACUACUUAAUUGAAGCAGGAAACACUGGAAAUGCAUUCUAUAUUGAGCCAGUUUUGGGUAUCAUCACUGUUGCACGUGACCUGGACUUGUCCAGCAUAGGCCAUUAUGUACUCACUGUCAGAGUCACAGAUAAUGGCUCCCCUCUCCUAUCCACCACUACCAUUGUGCGUAUUGCUGUCACCCUCUCUGACAACGCCAGUCCAAAGUUCCCCCAGCCUGAGUACCAAGCUGACGUCACAGAGAAUGCAGUGGUUGGGACCUCCGUCACAACAGUCACUGCAGUCAGCCAGUCCACCCUCACUUAUGAUAUUAAGCAGGGCAACGCUGAUCGUGUAUUCCAGAUUAAUCAAUACAGUGGCGUGAUUACAACUCAAAAGCCUCUAGACUACGAGACAACAGCAUCUUACACCCUCAUAGUCCAGGCUACCAACAUGGCUGGCAUGGCCUCCAAUGCUACCCUUAUGAUCCAGGUAACAGAUCAAAAUGACAACCCACCAGUGUUUCAGCAGCUUCAUUAUCAUGGUAGCAUCAGCGAGGCUGCACCAGUCAACAGUGUGGUCUUAAACUCAGAUAACUCACCUCUAGUAAUCAAGGCCACUGAUGCUGACCGCAACCAGAAUGCCCUAUUAGUAUACCAGAUUGUUGAGGACACUGCAAAAGCGUUCUUUACAGUGGACUCAGGGACUGGCUCCAUCAGAACCAUUGCUAAUCUAGACCAUGAGACAUUUGCUACCUUCCACUUCCAUGUACAUGUGAGGGACAAUGGCAGACCACAGUUGACAGCAGACAGUCCAACUGAAGUCACAAUACAAGUGAUUGACACAAAUGAUUCACCACCUUGCUUCACCCAGAAUGCCUAUGAAACAGUACUGCUUCUUCCCACAUAUGUGGGAGUAGAAGCUCUGCAGGUUUCAGCCAUAGACCCUGACAAAGAUGUCCCCACAGAGCUUACCUACUCUCUAACUGAUGGAGCACUGGGGCAUUUUGCCAUUAAACUUUCUAAUGGUGUCAUAAUUGUCAAAAAUAACAACUUUUCCAAGGAACGUUUCCGUUUCAGCGUCAAAGUCUCAGAUGGGAAAUUUUCCAGCACAGCUCUGGUGACCAUUCUUGUACGAGAAGCUCUAGACUCUGGUCUCAGCUUCACCCAUAGCCUUUACUCAUCCUCUGUUCAAGAGAAUGUAUCAAAUAUCACCAAAGUGGCUGUAGUCAAUGCUGUGGGAAACCGUCUUAAUGAACCCUUGAAGUAUACCUUAUUGAAUGCUGGUACACGCUUUAAAAUGCGUCCAACUUCUGGUGUGAUCCAAACCACGGGUAUACCCUUUGACCGUGAGGAGCAGGAGUUCUAUGAACUGGUUGUUGAGGCAAGAAGGGAGCAUGAUCGUCUGCAUGUGGCUAGAGUUAUGGUUAGAGUCCAGGUGGAGGACAUCAAUGAUAAUGCCCCUGUGUUUGUUGGACUGCCUUAUUACGCAGCUGUCCAAGUAGAAGCUGAACCUGGGUCACCCAUUUUUAGGGUCAUGUCAGUAGAUGGUGACAAAGAGAUUAAUGGAGAGGUGUCUUAUUAUCUCAAGGAUGACCAUGGUCACUUUGAGAUUAACCGUCAAACAGGCAGUCUCAGCCUCAAGAGGCCCUUUGAGUCUGACUUGUCCAAUAUGGAAUACCAGAUGGUGAUAUAUGCCAGAGAUGGUGGUUUUCCACCUCUCUCCUCUACUAUUGAGUUCCCCAUCACUGUAGUCAACAAAGCCAUGCCCGUUUUUGACAAAUCAUUUUAUUCUGUUUCAGUAAAUGAGGAUGUGGCUGUGCACACACCUAUCCUUGGCAUCAAUGCAACUAGUCCAGAAGGUCAGAAUAUCAUCUACACUAUUGUUGAUGGAGAUCUCUCUCUACAGUUUGACAUUGGUUUUGAUACUGGAGUCAUAAGUGUCAUCCACUGCUUGGACUAUGAAGUAGCAUCGUCUUACCACCUGACCAUCAGAGCAACAGACUAUUUGACUGGUGCCCGUGCUGAGGUUGAUGUAGAUGUGUUUAUUCAGGAUGUAAAUGACAACCUACCUAUCUUCCAGAAAAUGUCCUACAGGGUAGUUUUGUCUGAAACAGCCAUGAUUGGAACUCCAGCUCUUCAGGUUAUUGCCACUGACAAAGACUCAGAGAAAAACUGUGUUGUCCGUUACCAGAUCUUCUCAGAUGCACAUAACAGCACAGACUACUUUCACAUUGAUAGUAGCAGUGGACUAAUCUUGACUGCACGUAUGCUAGACCAUGAACUAGUCCAGAAGUAUGACUUCAUCGUCAGGGCUACUGACAAUGGCUUCCCACCAUUGAGUAGUGAAGUGUCAGUCAUAGUUGUGGUGAAUGACAUGAAUGACAAUCCUCCCAUUUUUAAUCAGCUGCUCUAUGAAGCAUAUGUAAGUGAGUUAGCACCAAGGGGUCACUUUGUAACCUGUGUCCAAGCCUCGGAUGCUGAUAGCUCGGAUUUUGACAAGCUGGAAUACAGAAUUUUGUCAGGGAAUGAAAGGAUGAACUUUGUGAUGGACAAGAAGACAGGAAUCAUCACACUGUCCACCGGUGGCCACCGGAAACAAAGAAUGGAGCCUAUCUACAGCCUUAAUGUUUCAGUGUCUGAUGGGGUUUUCACCAGUACUGCACAAGUGCAUGUUAAGGUGUUGGGGGCCAACCUGUAUAGUCCAGUGUUUGGGCAGAAUACAUAUGAGGCAGAGCUGAGAGAGAAUGUUGCUGUGGGAACCAAAGUUAUACAGGUGAAGGCAACUGAUGCAGACCCUGGAGUGUUCGGUCACAUCACUUAUUCCUUUGUUAAUGAUGUGGGCAAGGACCAGUUUAGCAUUGACACAAAUGGUCAAAUCAUCACAGUGGAAAAGCUUGAUCGUGAGGAUCCCACCAAUAAGGACAUAAUUCUGACAGUGGCAGCCCAGGACUCAGGUGGACGUGUUUCUUACUGUACUGUACAGGUUACCCUUUUAGAUGAUAAUGAUAAUGUACCACGUUUCCAUGCCACAGAAUACAGAGCAUCAGUCAAAUCUGAUGUGGCUAAGGGUUUUUUGGUGACGCAGAUUCAGGCUUAUGAUCCUGAUGAUGGCACUAAUGCCAGAGUGAUGUAUUCACUCUACAGUGAGGCACAUGUCCCUGUGGUAGACAUUUUGGAGAUAGACCCUGACAAUGGCUGGAUGGUGACUAAAGGCAGCUUCAGCCACUUGAGGAAUUCAGUGUUAUCUUUUUUUGUGAAAGCUGUUGAUGGAGGCAAUCCAGUUCGCCACUCUCUAGUGUCUGUCUACAUCCAUGUUCUUUCUCCAGAUGCCUUCAUUCCGUCUUUCAGCCAACAUCAGUACUUAUUUAGUAUCCAAGAAGACACCCCCAUAGGAUCAGCCAUAGGGACAAUACGCCUCAACACUAUUCCUGGAUAUGUCUCACGCACUGCUAACUUUGCCCUGGUUAAUGGAGAGACUGGAGCAAACAACCAAGAUGUGGUGUUUGUGAUGGAAAAAGAUACAGGUGUGAUCAAACUUGAUAAGCCCUUGGACCAUGAGAUUAUCAAAGGUUACCACUUCAAAGUCACUGCCACUGUACAACAGGCUAAACUGGAUUCUGUGACUUCUAUUGAUGUUGAGGUCAAAGUUUUGGAUCUAAAUGAUAACAAACCAACCUUUGAGGCCAACUCCUAUGAAGCCACAGUCAUGGAGGGAAUGCCAAUUGGAACCAGAAUCAUUCAAGUCCAAGCUCUAGAUCUGGACUCAGGGGCCAAUGGCCAGGUAACAUACAGUUUGGGGGCAUUCAUUCAGUCAGAAGGGGAUUCAGACACUCUUAUAGGCACCUUCAGCAUCGAUAGCAACACAGGUUGGAUCUCUACCCACAAGGACCUAAACCAUGAAUCCAAUCCAUCCUACACAUUCACAGUGGUAGCCUCAGACCUUGGCGAAACCGUAUCUCUUUCUAGUACCACCACUGUGACAGUGGCGGUAUCAGACAUCAAUGAUAAUCCUCCCAGGUUCCUGGAGCAAAAUUACUUUGGGUCAGUUCAGGAGAGUGACCCACCUGGCGAGGUCGUGGCUGUGCUGAACACCAGAGACGAUGACAGCUCUGCUGUUAACCGACAAGUCAGCUACCACAUCACUGGAGGGAACUAUCGCGGUGUGUUUGCUCUGGGUCUGGUUCAGGGUGAAUGGAAGAUGUAUGUGAAGGGGCCACUGGACAGGGAGGAACGCAACCUCUACAUCAUCAAUGUCACUGCAAGUGAUGGACUCUUUGUUUCCCAGGCAAUGGUGGAGGUGACCGUGAUGGACACCAAUGACAACAGCCCCAUCUGUGACCAGGCUGUAUAUACUGCCUUCGUUCCAGAGAAUCUUCCAGUCAACAGUGUACUACUAAGGGUUGGAGCUACAGAUGCAGAUGUGGGAGUCAGUGCCUGGAUCCAGUACUCCUUACAUGGUCCUGGAUCCCAGGACUUCAGUAUCGAUGCAGACACUGGUGAAGUUAAGUGUUCUGUGACUCUGGACCGGGAGAUGACACCCAACUACCAGCUAGUUGCCCAGGCAACAGAUGGUGGUGGGCGGUGGUGCCAUGCUCAGGUGAAGCUGACAGUGACUGAUGUGAACGACAACCCUCCAAUCUUCACACUGUCACAGUACACCGCCAGUGUCUAUGAGGACACUGCCACCAAAGCCCUGCUCACCCGGAUCCAGGCCAUCGACCCUGAUGAAGCUGGUCCAGGCCGUGUAGUGGUCUACUCUCUGGCAGACUCUGCUGGAGGUUCCUUCUCCAUCGACAAAUCCUCAGGCAUCGUGGCCCUGGAACGCAUCCUCGACCGCGAGGUCCAACCGGCUUAUCAGAUAACAGUCUGUGCGUCUGACCAGGGUUCACCGCUGCCCCUCUCCUCAUUGGUCAAUGUCACGAUCACUGUGCUAGACAUCAAUGACAACCCGCCGGUGUUUGAGCGACGUGAUCAGCUGGCGACAGUGCCUGAGGAUGUGGGAGUAGGCACUGAGGUUCUCAGAGUUUACGCUGCCAGCAAGGACAUUGGGACCAAUGCUGAGAUUACCUACAGUAUUCGAUCAGGCAACGAGCACGGAAAGUUCCAUAUUCACUCACUGACUGGUGCCAUUUCAGUUGCCCAGUCUCUGGACUAUGAGACCUGCAGGGACUACUUCUUGACAGUGGAGGCUCGUGAUGGCGGUAUGCCACCUCUGAGUGCCAUUACUACAGUGAACAUAAACCUAACAGAUGUCAAUGACAAUGCACCCAUGUUCAGCCAUGACCUCUACACUGCAGUGGUGUCAGAGGAUGCCACCAUUGGAGAGUCUGUAAUUCAGUUGGUAGCAGAGGAUGUGGACAGUCAGCUGAAUGGAGCCAUCCUUUAUUCCAUUGUCAGUGGGGACCGAGACAACCAGUUCUUCAUUGACCCACUCAGUGGGGUCAUCAAGGUCAACAAGCAACUGGACCGUGAGACAGUUCCAAGCUACUCUCUGGCCAUCAGAGGCCUAGAUAGUGGAGUUCCACCCAUGUCAUCCACUGUGAUGGUCAACAUAGACAUCUCUGACAUCAACGACAAUUCUCCCACCUUCUCUCCGGCCAACCUCACCACUGUCAUACAGGAAAACAAGCCAAUUGGCACUAGCAUCCUACAGCUGUCUGUCAUCGACCAGGACUCCUCCCAUAAUGGCCCACCUUUUGAAUUCUACAUUCUGUCUGGAAACGAAGGAGGAGAGUUUGUGCUGGAGAAAGAUGGAACACUGGUGGCCAACCAGGUGUUCAGGAGGGACCUGGCAACUGAAUAUGCCAUUCAGAUACAGGUGACAGACUCUGGGAAGCCACGUUUGUCCUCCUCCUCCAUGCUUACAGUCAGGGUGAUUGAGGAGAGCCUGCACCGCCCAGUGGCUCUGCCACUAGAGGUGCAUAUUGUCACCAUGGAGGACGAGUUUCCUGGUGGUGUGAUUGGCCAGUUGCAUGCCACUGAUGCCGACCCGUAUGAUGCAUUGACCUUUGGCCAUGCCCCCCCAGCCCAACGCAGUCUUUUUAAGAUCAGUCCUCGUGAUGGAAAGAUCAUUGCCCUUGGAGGGUUGGAUGCAGGCAGAUACUCCCUUAAUGCCAGCGUUAGUGAUGGCCGCUUUGCUGUGCCUGUGUCUGUAAGCGUGCAUGUGGAGCAGGCGACCCCAGAGAUGCUGCGUGAGGCAGUGACAGUGCGCUUUGAGAGCGUCAUGCCACAAGACUUUGUAGCGUUGCACCUGAAAAGUGUGUUGAAGGUUUUGCAGCAGGCUGCUGCCUCACAACAGCAGGACACGCUGCACCUGCUCAGUCUGCAACCAGUUGGUGGGACAAAACAACUGGACAUGCUUGUAGCUGUGGAAACAGCUGGGGGCGGGUACUACAAGGCAGCCUACCUUACCCAGAAACUCAGUGCGUCACGGCGGCGGCUGGAGGAGGUCCUCAGAGUGUCAGCUAUUCUGGAUAAGAACUGCUCAGGGCUGGAUUGUCGCGGGGCACAGUGUGAGCAGAGCAUCAUCCUGGACUCACAUAACCUGGCAACAUACAGCACACCGAGGGUCAGCUUCGUCUCACCACGCUUCCACCGAACCUCACGCUGCACAUGCACUGAUGCCAGCUGUGCUGUCCUGUCAGAACACUGUGAAGACCAGCCUUGUCCAGCAGACAUGCAGUGUGUUUCAAUUGAGGCCACCAGAGGGCGCUAUGCUUGCCAGUGUCCACCUGGCAAACUGGGAGAAUGUGCAGGCCAUUCAUCUUUGAGUUUCUCAGGAAACAGCUAUAUCAAGUAUCAGCUGUCUGACCGUCUGCAGACGGAGCUGAAGCUCAGUUUAAGGAUUAGAACGCUGCAGAGCCGAGGAAUCAUCAUGUACACACACACUGAUCCCUGUACCGUCCUCAAGUUGGAGGAGGGGAAGCUGUGGUUCCAGCUGGCCUGUGGACUUGGCAGCGUUGGGGGAGGUGGUGACAGUCCCGACAUGUUGGGUAUCUCCGGCCGUCGUAUCAAUGAUGGCAGCUGGCACACAGUGGCGCUGGAGCUGAACCGCAACUUCAGCAGCUUGGCACUGGAUGACAGUUACAUAGAACAACGGCGUGGACCUCCCUUCAUACAGCCUCUCGCUCCAGACAGAACCAUCUACUUUGGGGCACUGGUGCAGCAAUCCAACUGGCGCAGCCUCAUGGACUCCCAGAAGGACCCACGGGUGCUUGAGGGAUUUCAGGGCUGCCUGGACUCAGUCAUGCUGAAUAACAACGAGCUGCCGCUGCAGAACAAGCGCUCACGCUACGCUGAGGUGGUAGGACUGACAGAGUUGAAACUGGGGUGUAUCCUCUAUCCUGACGCUUGCCUGCAGCAGCCUUGCCGCAAUGGAGCCACCUGCACCAGCCUGCCCUCUGGUGGAUUCUUCUGCAGCUGUAACCCCCAGUACACUGGAGGGCGCUGUGAGGUGGAGAUAACUGCGUGUGUCCCCAACCCAUGUCAGAAUGGCGGUGUGUGUAAGGCCAUUGGCAAUGCCUUCCUCUGCAGCUGCAGGAGAGGCUUCAAGGGUUUGACCUGUGAGGAAGAUGUGAACGAAUGUGACCACAGCAAUCCAGAGGGUGAGUGUGAGAACGGCGGCAUCUGUGUCAACACUCAUGGUUCCUUCUACUGUAACUGCACAGUAGGCUUUGUGGGCCAGCGCUGCAGCCUACGACCCGUUGUUGUCCCUGACAUGCAGGCGGGCCAUGCUGUGGUCGGUAAAGAGGAGCUUAUUGGCAUUGCUGUGGUGCUUUUUGUCAUCAUCACCCUCAUCAUCCUCUUCAUCGCUUUCCGCAAGAAGGUCUUCCAGAAGAACUACUCGCGGAACAAUCUUUCUCUGGUCCAGGACCCUGCCACAGCAGCCCUCCUCAACAAGGCCAAUGGUGUUCAAUUUAAGACCCUGCACUGCACACCUGGAGACCCUCUGAACCUGUACUCAGAGCCAGGCCUAGGGCCCACAGUGGUGGGAGGAGGUGGGAUGAUGGGACCCCCACAGGUGCCUGUGAGGCCCAUGGCAUACACACCCUGUUUCCAAGGAGACCCACGGUCCACGCUAGAGAAGAUGGUGGAUGGGCGCACUGUGGAGCAUACAGAGAUGAGCACCUUUCACCCAGAGUCACCAAGGAUCUUGUCGGGUACCACCAGGAGAGGGGUGGUGGUGUGCAGCGUGGCCCCCAAUCUGCCCCCAGUGUCACCAUGUCGCUCAGACUGUGACUCCAUACGCAAGAGUCCAUGGGACAGUGAUGAUGGCAAGAUGGUUGACAUGGCAGAAGAAGUAACAUGUUUCUCAGGGAGCAACAAAGGAAGUAACUCAGAGGUCCAAUCACUGAGCUCUUUCCAGUCUGACUCCUGUGAUGACAAUGCCUCCAUAGUGACCGUCAUUCGACUGGUCAAUGAUGCAGUCGACACAAUCGAAAGUGAAGUGUCAGUCAUGGACCAAAGUCAAACCUACAAUAGAGCAUAUCACUGGGACACUUCAGACUGGAUGCCAAGCACCAGGCUCUCGGACAUUGAGGAGGUGCCGGCCUAUGAGGCAGGUCCUGGAAGGGAUGUAGCAGGCUCAGCCCCCCGCCUUGGAGGAAGCACUCGUGAACUGGAGUCAGAUUACUACCUGGGGGGCUAUGACAUCGACAGUGACUAUCCCCCUCCCCACGAAGAAGAGUUCUUGAGCCAAGACCAGUUGCCUCCUCCAUUGCCCACUGGUGAGGACUAUCCAGAGCCCUACACACCACUACUUGCCAACCCGCCACUUUCCAAGGAGAGCACCUUGAGCUCUGGCAGCAGUGGACAUCAGAAUGCCAGGCCACACUUCCACCCUAGCCAGUACCUGCCUCCCCACCAGCUGACUCUUGGGGAAGUGCCGCAUGGGGACUUCAGCACUUCAACAAGUGAGAUAAGCCCAGGAAAUGGGGGCACUGAGGACUCUGUGUCACUAAAUAUGCGACUCUCUGUUGGCGCUUCAUCAGCCUCAGACGUGUCAGCCCCCUGUGGGCUGGAAGACUCUGAACAUGGUAGUGAUUUUGACAGUAUGGACGAGCUACGUCGGGGGGUGACCAUCAUCACUGAUUCACAGCAACAGACUGAGGUGUGAUUGACUGACCUGUAUAGAUGCCAGAGGAGGUAUAAUGGACCAGAAGGGGCAUAACAUUGGUGCAGAUGGAUGCACAGA